AUGAACGGGCAGUCCUCCCCUGUCUUCGAGGAGAAGAAGCCGUCCCUCCCCAUCAUGGCUGGGAGCUCCAUCUCGGCCACCAAGGAUUCUCCGACCCUGCCUGAGUCCUCGUCCACGGACAUGGGCUUCUACAGCGGCCAGAGCGCGCAGGAGUUCUACCCGCAGCAGCAGUCGUACCCGGCGCAACAGGUGAACCCGUACGCGUACCACCACCACUACAAUUUACACGGGGUGGCUGCUGGCGGCGGCUACCCAGUCGCCAAGGCGGAAUACCCGUACCUCCACUCGGCGUACAGGGAGCACGGCGCGUUCAGCCGGGAGGCGCUGCAGGACGUGAAAGAGGAACCCGACGUGGAGGUGCGGAUGGUCAACGGGAAGCCCAAGAAGGUGCGCAAGCCCCGGACCAUCUACUCCAGCUACCAGCUGGCGGUGCUGCAGAGGAGGUUCCAGACGGCCCAGUACCUGGCCCUGCCAGAGCGGGCCGAGCUGGCCGCUCAGAUGGGCCUCACGCAAACGCAGGUCAAAAUCUGGUUCCAGAACCGUCGCUCCAAGUUCAAGAAGCUCUACAAGAACGGAGAGUUUCCGCUCGGGGAAAUUCCUCUCGAGCAUAGUCCAGAUGCCAGCGAUUCCAUGGCCUGCAACUCUCCUCCAUCCCCAGCUGUAUGGGAAAACAGCAAUGGUAACAACAACAACAACAACAACAACGCUGACGGCAGCAACAACAUCAACACAAGCAGCGGCAUCAAGAGUAAUGCGUUGGUGGAUGCCACCGCCAGAGGGCAGGGUCCCUGUCAGCCUCCUGUGGAUCCCUCGCCCGCCGCCUGCAUGGAAGACUACACGCACCAGAACUGGUACCAGCAGCAGGGUGCACAUUUAGGCCUGGAACAGUCGGGCCCGACGCACCACACAGCACCAACGGCAACAGCACAGAGUCUGGGAGCUGUCUACUGA